GCUGUUUCUUAAAGCAACUCUUACACUAUUUUCGAUUAAAAAUUAAAUCAAAAACACAUAAUUAUCUAAGAACGUAUCUUAAUUAAGAAUCGAAAUUAGACGAUUCUUAGGGACACGUGUAGGCGCAUAAACCAAUUGACCCCUCUCUCUCCUUCUCUCGUCUUCCUCUUUGAAUUUUGGCUCUCCUCUCUUCGAUUUCCAGCGGAGAAGACGACCGUACGACCUGAUGAUUCACCGAUUGUUUAUCAGAGUUAGAGAUUGCUAAAAGCUAUGACUUUGGGAGGUUGGGAUCAGAGGUUCACACAAGCAGCUUCUUCUCAAUCAGAUGAUUCUGCUUCCCAUUUGGUUCAUAUCAGUGGUAGCGUAUAUGGGUCUCAUUUACCUUGGCCUAAUGUUUGUAUUCAAAGCCGUGAUACGCAGGGGAGUAGUGGAGGAGGAAGAGAUGCAUAAAGGAGCUGGAGUGAGAGAAGAAGAUGUGAAGAGGAUGUUCAGAGUCAUAAUGCCUUACCUCAACGAGUCUCUGCUUCAAUUCAGAGCUCUUUUCUCUGGCGAUCUUUCUACCACACUCAAGGUAAAAAUCUAAUACGGUGAAACCAUCAAGAUUCGACUCUUGACCAGUGGAAAAUUAAUAUUUUGGUAUCGCGAGGGAUAUGAGACUUAGUGUGGAAUACUUUUGUGGAAUAAGGAUACUCUUGUAUAAUUCAAAAAAAAUGUUAAAAUGAUAAUUAUUAUAAAACAAAGGGAUAUAUAUUUUUAUUUAUCUAAAUAUAAUUCAAAAGACUCGCGCAUACACCCGAUAUGAUCCUCGUGGUCGUGAGAAACGCAAGGUGGGACCGAGGGUCUGUAUCUAUCGCACUG